AUGUUAAAAGUUAAUUCAUGGAUAGUAUCACUUAUUGUGAUAGUAAUUUCUAACAAAUGUUCUUCUUUAAACGAAACUAGUCUUGAUGUUACAUGCGCUUUAAAGCAUACUCUCUGCAAUCCCAAUUUACCACGUCCAUGUUGCAAUUCAAUAGAUCAUUGCCAACGAACAUGGCCAGACAAUUACUUCCGAUGCAUCGGGGACAUUAUUCUGAGCGGGCUAGGAAAAUCUUGUGAGCUGGAUGAAGAUUGCGAUAAAAUAAAACACUCAAAAUGUUCUAAAGACGGCAAGUGCAUCUGCCGAAUGAAAACAGUAAAAACCGAUCCAUGGACCUGCGCACCAAUUUUGGGAGGAUUUUGUUGGAACAAUGAACCUUGUGCUGCUGAUAAUGCUACUUGUAUCAACAGCGAAUGUAAAUGCAAGAAAGGUUAUUCUAGGCGGCCGAACAACCAAUGCGUACGCGAUGUUUUGGAUACUCACUGUGAAAACGAUGAUGUAUGUAAUAUUGUAAAGUUUGCAAAAUGUUCUGAAGAUAAAGUAUGCGCUUGUACAUCCAAUACUACUGCAUUAUCUUCAACUUAUUGCGCUCCUAUUUUUGGCGGAUUUUGUUGGGAAAAUGACGAAUGCCUGACCCCUCAUUCAAUUUGCUUAAACAACAAAUGUCAAUGCGACAAAAAAUAUAACCUAUAUAAUCCUGAAAAAGGAUGUGUAUCAGUUUGUGGAAAUAAUGCGUGUUACCGUGGGAUACUCACUAUGAAUAAAAUUUCAAAUGCAAUAUGUACUGGAGUAAACGUCUGCGUAUGUUUCCAACAAUAUCCAUUCGAGGAAACUUAUCCAUGUACACCAGAAGAUAAAGUUGGCUGUAAGGCUGAUAACUUGUGUGUAGUCGAAAAUUCUAGGUGCAUUGAUAAUUUUUGCCAGUGCAAACCACAGUUUGGGUAUAGAUCCAAUCAAUGUCUACCUCUUGUUAAUUUAAAUGACGUCUGUUUGAAUAAUGAUGACUGCAGUCAAGUAAAUCAUACAAUCUGUUCAAAAGAUAAAGUAUGUAAAUGCGAUGAAAACUAUGUACCUGCGAAUCAAACUUCAUGUAAACCAAUUUAUGGUGGAUUUUGUUCAAAAAAUAAAGACUGCAGGAACAUUAAUGGAGCGUGUAUUAACUCUAAGUGUGGAUGCAUGCCAUUUACAGUUAAAUUUUCAGAAUAUUUGUGUGUAGUACCUCAAUUAGGGAUUUCAUGUAAGAGUAAUAAGGAUUGUAGAAAAAUGUCAAACAGUAUGUGCUCCGACAAUGGAAAAUGUGAGUGCAAAAGGAAUUUUGGAGAAUACAACAUGACCGCAUGCGCCCCACUUCUUGGACAAUUUUGUUUUGAAGAUGGACUAUGCGCUCCACAGCAUUCCAGUUGUAAAAAUGAAGAAUGUGUUUGUAAUGAUGGAUUUUCAGAGUAUUCUAGAGAAAAAUGUUUACCUCACUACUUAAGGAUGUACUGUGAAGAUGAUGAUAAUUGCAAGUACAUAGCAAAUUCAAGGUGUCAGAAAGACAUAAAUAUUUGUACUUGCAAAAAUGGUCAUGGAAAGAUUAAUGAGACAGCUUGUGCGCCGCUUCUUGAAGAAUCAUGUUUUGAAAAUCAAUUGUGCGCCCCACUUCAUUCCAGUUGUAAAAAUGAUAAAUGUAAAUGUAACGAUGGAUUUAUACAAAAUUCUAAAGAAAAAUGCUUACCUCACUACAUAAGGAUGUACUGUGAAGAUGAUGAUAAUUGCAAAUAUAUAGCAAAUUCUGAGUGUCGAAAUGACAUAAAUAUUUGUGCUUGUAAGAGUACUCAUAAACUUUUUAACCACACAACUUGCGCACCUUUGUUGGGUGAACACUGCAAGCCCAAUGAACAAUGUGCUAUGAAGAAUUCUCAUUGUGUAAAUGAUGUGUGUGCAUGUCUACCAGGUUGUCAAAAUCAUAACGGAGAUUGUGUAUUUGUUAAUCCUGGUUUGAAUUUGAUUCGGAUAUCAUGUCAUGAAGAUAGUGAUUGUUCUGUCAUAAAAUAUGCCGUUUGUUUUGAUGGCAAUUGUGAAUGUAAGUCGAAUUAUAUUCCCCUCGGCCAUGAUAAGUGUCUAGGUACUAUAGGCGAAUAUUGUAGUUCCGACGCUGAAUGUUAUUCUUAUAAAACUGUUUGUCUCAAUAAUAUAUGCCAGUGUUCUGAUAAAUUUUACGCUUCUAACAAAACUCAUUGUGAUCCAAUUCAUCUGGGAUUAACAUGUAAAAAUAAUCUGGAGUGCGUAGUGGCGAUAAAAAAUUCAGAAUGUUCCACCAGGGAUAAAAUAUGUGUUUGCAAAAAUAAAUACUACGCUGUAAAUGAAUUCGAAUGUCUUUCUUUUUUGGAUGGAGAUUGUUUAAGCAAUGAUGACUGUCGAUUAAAUUCCACUAUUUGCAAAGACAACAAGUGCAAAUGCCAGGAUAAUUUCAGCGCUAUUUCAGAAACUCAAUGCAGACCAGAUGAUUAUUUUUACCCUUGUGAUCAAGUAUUAGAUUGCGGCGAUCCAUGGCAUUAUACUUGUAAAGUCGAUAAAAAAUGUCGUUGCAAAAACAAUCAUUUUUCAAUAAAUAGAUCAACAUGUUCAGCAGGUUUGAAAGGUUAUUGCUGGAAUGACAGUCAAUGUACUAUUCAUAAUUCUACCUGUGUUGAUUUUCACUGUAAAUGCAAUGAUAAAUUUGUUGCUAUUUCUAAUAAUUUAUGUGUACCAGAGUCUAAUUCAAAACGAUUCAUUUUUUAA